AACAGGUGUCACAUCUUUACCUGGGAUCCUGUUAAGAGCAUCAGAGCCACCUGUGAGCCACACCUCAGACUAAAAUAACACAGGAUCUUCAUUUCAAGGAGCUGCACAUCUUUUUGCUUCUCAACCCAAUUUCACCCAUCACUGGAAAUAAAGACAUCUACAGGUAUGGACAACAGACUGGUUCUUGUCGUCCUGUUUGUGAUGCUGUCCUGGGUAUCUAUGAGCACCUACGCUCAGACCACUGUGGCGUCAAAUGUGACCAAUUCAAACAUGACCACAGCAUCAGACAGCAACAUGACCACCGCAUCAGACAGCAACAUGACCACAGCGGCGGGAAACAACGUGACAAGUGAUCCCAUAUGCGACGAUGGCAACAAACAUGACGACAGCGGCGGGAAACAAUACCAACAACACAACGGCAUCACCCACCAUAGCAGCUACCACCGCAACACCUACUACCAUCACCACAGUGGGAACUCUUCCGUCAUCUGUUUCUAACUCAGAUUGUAAGACCGGCAAGCUCUGUGCGGCUGAGCCUUCUUCGUGCAACCCUUCCGGAGCAAGAUCAUGUUUCUUUCUUUCUGCUAAGCAGAACAAUGGUCAAUCCUUUGACUUUGAGCUUUCAGGAGAGUCAAACGGCUAUAUUGCUGCCACCCUGUCAACCGACAGCUCACUGGGAGGCAACGACUCAACCUACGUCUGUGCAAACAACAACAGUGCUGUUAAGUUCAUUGGCGCUUCCCUCGACAAUGGCCAGCUGACACAGACAGAUCUGAGCGGGUCCAACGUGAGGGGCAACAUCAGUGGGAACAGAAUCCAGUGUACAUUUACUGCCACUGUAUCAAACACAGCAGUAAGAGCAGCAAGUUUCGCAGUCGGAAUUUCCACUGGACCUUUUAACAGCACUUCUGGUACUCUGGGAAACCCAGUAUUUGUAUUCAGGAGCUCUGUUAUUAAUCUGCAAAAUGUUAACACUACCGUCAACAAUGAGAUUACCAACCACGCUAUUACAUUUCAACUAUCACUGAUGCAAGCUCUGCUGAUCAGUGUGGGUGUGCUGGGUCUGUCUAUGCAAUAAGGAAGCUGAAACCCCCAUGAGACAUCAAGACAAGAAAACCAUACCUUCCCUAUUCAUAUACAUGUGCUACUGAAUAUAUUGUUAAAUAUCUCACAGAAGGUUUACGAUGCACAGUGCAGCCCCAGAUUAUUCAGCUUAUGCUUAAUUUUCUAUCAACUUACUGCAGGUGAAAGUAGGAAUGGUGCAGGGUGGUGACUCUUCUACAGCCUUCUGCAGACUGCUUUCACAUCUGGUAUCAAACAUCAUAUACAAAUAAUAUACAAAUUUUGGGUUUAGGGUCUGGUUACCCUUUAAAGCCCACGUUAUUACUGUCAGGCAGAAACCUCAGUGACUUUUUUCUAUUAACUAUACUAUUAUUUUGGUAUUCCUCUGAACGUGCCUUUAUGAAGAACCAUAAUCAUUAUGCACAACACAAGCAAAAAAAAAUUUGUUUUUGCCCUCUCCUGUCACUCAUAAUGAUGCCAGAAAAUGGCAGACGUGUCUUAUUAUUAUUAUCAUUAUUAUUAUUGUUAUUCUCUUUGGUGUGAAUGUACAUAUUGUUGAUUCAACAAUGUUUUUACAAUGAAGCCUGCAUAGGCUGAUAUUUUCAUGUGUGCAUGUAUGAGCAAGUGCACAUGCAAAUGAGCAGUUGCUGAAAAAAAGCGGCUAUAUAUAUUUGACACCAAAUAUUGGUGAACCUGAUUUUGCACAUUGCAUCAUGUAACAAUUGAGUUUUUAUUACAUAUUUUUGAAAUAAAUAUUUUACUCAAGCUGA